ACAGUGACAGAGACAGAGACAGAGUAUGCAUCACUACAUGCUCUGCUCUCACGCUCUCACCACCUCCUCUGCGACUGCAACAUCACUUGUUAUAUUUACGUCUAAUACUAAUUGAUUGUUCUCUUCUUUAUUUUCUCAAUCCUCCAUUAAUUCCUCCAACCUUAGUCACUCCGAAGCCCCUACCCCUUCUGAUCUCCAUUUGAAGUUGAUUGAUAUCAUCUACACAAAAACAUGCUCCAACCAGCCGCAUUCACUCUCCCGCCCUUACUCAUCACUCUCCUCCUCCUCCACAUUCUCCACCCUGCCCGAGCCGGUCUGCUGGCAGAGCCAGUCUCUGGCCAGAACCAGCCCUACACGGUCCCUGCCUUCCCAACCGACGCAGACAACCAAAUCUGCAAGCUUGACCUCUCCGCCGAGCUGUUUGGCGGCGUCAGUGAGGCCUGCGGUCGGAACCUUGACCGGAGCCGCUGCUGCCCUGUCCUGGCCGCAUGGCUCUUUGCUGCCCAUGCCAGGUCCGCCCUCCAGCUUCCUGCACCGGCCCCCUCCCCCUCCCCCUCCGCCGCGUCCGUGUACGGCGACGACAUGCCUAUGAUGCCCGACGACUCCCAGAAGUGCGUUGACUCUCUCCAGUCAGCGCUCGUGAGCAAGAACGUCCGGCUCCCUCAGGCGAACGCAAGCUGUGACGCGAUCCUAUGCUUCUGCGGGAUUCGGCUCCACCAGAUCAGCUCACUCAGCUGCCCGGCAGCGUUUAAUGUGUCCACCGGACUCCAUAACGCCACUCCAACUGCUGCCGUCAAGAACUUGGAGAAGAACUGCCGGAAUUCCUCCUACUCCGGUUGCACCAAGUGCCUCGGAGCUCUCCAAAAGCUGAAGGGAGGAUACAAGAACUGGACUGGGGAUGUCCAGAACGGGGAUCGGGCGAGGAAGAUGUUCAACAGGGACUGCCAGCUCAUGGGGCUGACAUGGCUGCUGGCACGCAACAAGACGGCGUACAUCCCCACCGUCUCGGCCGUCCUGAGGGCGAUCAUGUACAGCGCCCACCCUCCCCACCAGUCGACUUGCAGCCCCGAUCAGGAGAACAUGCCGCUUGCCGUUGACUCCCUCCAGUUCGACUGGGGCCAGUCCUCAUCUCUGCCAUCCAAUUUCUUUUUCCCUUUUUUGCCCCUCGUCAUGCUAAUCUCUCUGUUCCUUCAUUAGUUAGUCUUAUUAUUACGCUGUGUCGCGGGAAAGCUUAAUUAAGGCUAGAGCUUGCUGACAAACCGGGCCAUUGAGGUGCUAUUUUUUGUCAUUGUUUUCAUGCCCACUGUAUAUUUCAGGUCGACUACGUCUUAAACUAAUUAAUAGGAGAUUCAUUUUCAUUCA